UGGGCGGAGCUGGCGGGAUGAGUGGCGGCGGCCCGGAGGCCGCUGUGGGUUGUGAGGCCCCCGCGGCGGGCGGCAACAAAAAGAAGGACUCCCUGGGAACCGCGGGCUCGCCAGCGCACCUCAUUAUCAAGGAUCUUGGAGAAAUUCAUUCAAGGCUGUUAGAUCACAGACCAGUUAUUCAGGGUGAAACCCGUUAUUUUGUGAAAGAAUUUGAAGAAAAACGUGGUCUUCGAGAAAUGCGAGUUCUUGAGAAUUUGAAGAAUAUGAUCCAUGAAACAAAUGAACAUGCUCUUCCCAAAUGUCGAGAAACAAUGCACGACAACUUAAACCAAGUUCUCCAGAGAUUGCAAGCAGCUACUGACUCAGUCUGUAGACUCCAACAGAGGGAACAGGAACGAAAAAAGAUUUAUAAUGACCAUUUAAUAGCUAGUGAAAACCAGCAUAUAAUCCAGUGGGAAGAUUUCAUGAAAGAACAACACAGCAAACAGGCUGAAGUGGAUGAAGAGCACAGAAGAGCUGUGGAGAGGCUUAAAGAACAAUAUGCUGAGAUGGAGAAGGACCUAGGAAAAUUUUCAACCUUUUAAGAACCUGAACCACAACAGUGUGAAAGCAUUGACUUCCCCCAAAGAACUAACUAUUCUCAUCAAACCAUUUAGCCUCUGCUUCAAGCUUAGCAAUAUAUUUAGUGGCACUCAUAUCAGGAGAAAGAAACUUCUACUGGAGUACUAAUUAAAUGUUUAGUGGAAGAAGAGUGCUAUAUCUUUCCUGUUUAAGUGCCUAUAUAUGAUUAUUUGGGCAAGAGUAGGAAGAAAAAUUGGAUAAAUUUACUUUUUGUUAAUCAGAAUUGGUCUUCUGUUUUAUUGAUUAUCUCAGAGAACUGUAAGUAUAGACCUCUUAGAAAAAUAAUUCAUUCUUAUACGGGGUUAAUAUUAGUUUAUUAUUGUGGCUUAGGAAGCAGAUAUAAUAGUUGCCUGCUUUAGCCUCCUUGGCUAUUAGAAGAAUGUGUAGAGUGUUAUUCCAUGAGUAAUGUAGACAAAAACAAUGGUCCUUGGAACAGAGAUCACCUUUAAGAGAGGUGAGAGUAAAACACUCUCUACUGUAGCAAAGGUGGUCAUGUUGGUCAUUGAACUGCUGAAAGGUUACAGAGUCUGCAGUGCAGCAUAAUGCCAUGUGUUUCACUGCUGACAAGACACACUUAUUAAGUUUUGUGGCCUUCCAGCACUUCAUACUUUCAGCUUUUAAAACAUGCUUUGAAGGAAAAGCUUACCAAAAAUAUAGUUUGACUUUUAGCCUUUCCAAGAACCAUAAUCUUGCCCAUAGUAUUUACCUCAUUUUUGUGUCUCUUUUGCUGUGGGUGAGCUUUGUAAGACAAAUAAUCUCUAAAUAUGUUUCAACUGUGUAAUGAGUAAUCAGCAAAAUCUGCAAGGAGUUCCUCUGGAACCAUACAAUUAUUCUGGCUCUGAAUAUGCCAGAAGUAUUUGCCCUCAUGGCAAAUAAUCCAUGUUAAAUGUAAAUCCUUUUUAGUGUUUAGCGUCUGUUCUCAUAAGCAGGUGUAAUAUGAUGAAACAUGUACCAACUCAGUCAUCACUGUGAACUUUAAAAAUCUGCAUAUAACAGUGUAAUUGAGGAACUAAGUUAUUUUUUAUUUGCCAUAAACAAAGCAAAAUUAAAUGCAAUAUUUCAAGAGGUUUAUAGCAAAUGAAUUUGAGGAAUGGAUAAAUCUUUCAAAUGUUUUUUAUUGCCCUUCAAUAAAGAAAGGCACAGAAAGAACAUAUCUAACUCUCUCAUGUAUCUCAGUCUUACCAGUGCAGAAAGUGACAAUGCUGGCUUGUGUAAAUGUAUGGCAUACUGUCAAAGCUGCAUUCUUGGCUGCAUGUUGAAAAUGUGAUUAAAGUUAAUAGAGGAGAUGAAAUAAGUAUUUGAGAUUUCUUUCAAUAACACUGAACUUCUGCCAACUUUCUCUGUCUGCUACUGUAGGCUUGACAGGUUCAUCAAUCAUCCUCUGGUACCUGGACUCAGAGGGCUCUUGCUGACACAGAGGCAUGUUGGAAUUUUCUUAAUUCUCUUUCAGUGGAUGGAAAAAAACACAUACUUUUCAAAAAUAUCCCACACAUGAAAAGCAAGGGGAGCCUUAAAUGAAAAUUCCCUUUGUACUGUAGGCAGUUUUUGGAAUGCUAUUAAUUGCCAGUGCACCAUUGAACAGACGCUAUAACCAAGAGAUCAGGACUGUGUGUGAGCAGGAAUGUACUCUUAACUGUGGUUACUCAACUGGUGCAAUAAGGAUUUCUGAUAGUAUAUGUCCAUCUCAUAGGAAUAAUAAAUACUUUACCAUAUGAGUUUGUAUAUAUUAUGUAAGGAUCUAAGGGACUUCUUAAACCAAAAUGAAAUAAUUGGCUUUUUGAUCUUUAAACAUUUAAGAUACUAACUUCUUUCUUUAGCUAUUCAGUAUAACUUCUAAAAAUGAUGGUUGGUUUGCCUCCCUUUUAAUACUCUGGUAGUGAGCACUUUCAUUUAUAUUUCUUGAUCUCCAAAUCACUUUUUAUAUGUAUUAUACAUAUAUAUUAACUUUUAUAUGGUAAUUACAUAAUUUACAACAUUUUUGCUGUCUAUGCCGUUGAGCAGAGAUAAAAGGGGUUCUGUAUAGCUCACACGAUUUUCUUUUGAAUAAUGCUUAAGUGCUAUAGAAAUACUUACUUUUUAAAGUUCUAAGUGUUUUCUAUUUUUCAUAAUGAUUCUUUUUUUACUUACAUAUGUGUUACUUUUGUUUCAUUUCCUAACUUAUAGAUUUUUAAAUUCUGUUCUCAUUACUGAUAUCUGCUUUAAUUGGAUUGUGGUCAGAGAUUGGUCUCUAUAAAGUUGAUAUGGCAAAAUUUGUUAUUUUCCUUAGGACCUAAAUCUGGUUAGUUUUGUAAAUGUUUUCUUAGUGCUUGAAAGUCUGCAUAUUUUCCAGUUGUUGGGUGUCUGUUAGACCAAACUUGUUAAUUGUGUUGUUCAAAUUGUCUUCAUUUCACUGUUGUUUUUCCUCCUAUUUGAUCACUCAGAUUGUAAGAUGUAUUGAAAUUUUUUUUUCAUUUCUUCCUGUAAUUUUGUCAGUUUUUGUUUUGUAUAUUUUGAAGCUUAGUUAUUAAGUACAUACAAAUUUAGAAUUAUCUUCCAAGUUUAGAAUCUAGUCUUAUAUUUAUAGUCAUGACCUCUAUUCCUAAUAAUGUUUUUAUUUCAUUCUACAUUGCUUUAAAAAUCUGUGCUUUAACAAAUAUAUAGGCCACACCAGCUGGUUAGUAUUUGUAUGGUAUAUAUUUCUUUAUGCUUCUAUUGAACCUUUCUAUUAUGUUUUAGAUGUGCCUCUUAAAAACUGUAAUUUUUCUUUCUUUUUAUCUGGUUAUCUUUUACCUGGAGAGUUUAAUCAAUCUAUAUUUAUUGAACUUACUACUAUAUUAGGGUUUACUUAUAUCAUCUUAUUAUAAUUUUUGUAACACUUUUUUCUGUUACCUUACUGCCCUUGUGGGGUGUUUUGGGGUUUUUUGCCUUCUUUCAGGUUAAGUUGUGUUUUGUUUUUCCAUUUACUUUUUCUCUACUAUUUUAGAAGGUAAAAAAACUCAAUUUUUAUCUUUUAGUGCUUACCAAUUUAAUUUGCAUAGUUAGCAUAAAAUCUUUUCUUUCUAAACAUAAGAGACUUUUGAAUAAAGUCUGAUUCCCCCCACCCUCAACUUAUAAAUUAGCAUCUAAAGUUUAUUUUAUCUCAGUUUAACUCCAAAAAUAAUUAUGCAGUCAAUAUUUAUUUAGACUUACCUACAAGUUUAUCAUUUCAUUAUCCCUGAAAGUUAGCUGGGUUGACAGUCAUUUUUUCUCAGUAUUUAAAAUUAUCCUGUUCAGAUUCAUUGAGCUUCUUGAAUCUACGAAUUUGUAUCUUUCAUAAAUUCUAAAAAUUCUCAACUUUUAUCUCUUUGAAUAUUGUACUUCCUUCAUUCUGUCUAUUCUCUCCUUUUGGGUAUCAAAUUAGACUUAUGUUUUACUGUCUCACUCUGUUCUCUGUAUCUCUGAUUCAUAUUUUCUGUCUCUGUCUCUGUGUGGAAUUUUGACCAUGCAUGUAAAUUCUGGAUAGUUUCUUUAACUCUGUUGCUCACUUCACUCAUUCUGUCUUCUCACUGUUUCUAACCUACUUAACCUAUCAUUUUUUAAAUUAUGGUUGUGUGUUUUUUCUUUCAUUUCCAGAGUGUUGUUUGGUUCUUCCUCAGACUUUCCUGAUCAUUUGGGAUAGUUCCAUUAUUCACUCUUUUUCUUUUCCUUAAACAUAUUAAAUGUACUUUUUUUGUGGAUCUGA